AUGAUCCACCGCGAAGUAGCCGAUGGUCUAGAGCGUCUUUGGAACGUAAGAGUAAACUGCAUAUGGGAAGCCGAUGAAAGUAGUCGCCAUGGAGAGGUUUAUAUAUUCGACCAUGUAUUUAAGCAGGAAUGUACAAAUUCAGAUGUAUAUGGAUCUGUAGUAAAACCUUUAGUCGAUUCCUUCAUGGAAGGUUUCAAUGCCACAAUAUUUGCAUAUGGCCAAACAUCUUCUGGCAAAACACACACCAUUUUGGGCAAUAAAACAGAUCCUGGGCUUUUCCAAUUAGUAUCCAAUCAGUUAUUCCAGCAUGUGGCAGACCAGGUUGAUAAGAGGUACUUGAUUAGAUGCAGUUAUAUUGAAAUCUACAAUGAAAAGAUCAAUGACCUCCUGGAUAAGAGCAAUCAGGGUUUAACUAUAAGAGAAGAUAUCAAAGGAAAUGUGCUGCUUGAUGCAAGGGAAGCUGUCGUAGACAAUGUUGAUAAAGUUAUGGAGAACAUGAUGCAGGGCAAUAAGAUCAGACGAGUUGCAGCUACUCGCAUGAAUGAGAGGUCAUCUCGAUCACACACGAUUUUCCGGAUUAUUCUGGAGUCGAAAGAUGCCAAUCAGAAAGAUGGACCUGUACAUAUAAGCUACCUUAACUUAAUGGACUUAGCUGGUUCUGAGAGAGUUUCUCUGACGAAAGCUGCUGGUGAGCGUCUUAAAGAGGGGGCUAACAUAAACAAAUCUUUGUCAGUAUUAGGAAAUGUGAUAAGGCAACUAAGCGAGGGGAAGGAGUUUAUCAGUUAUCGCGAUUCGAAAUUGACUAGACUGCUCUCACAGGCUCUUGGCGGAAAUGUGCUGCUUGAUGCAAGGGAAGCUGUCGUAGACAAUGUUGAUAAAGUUAUGGAGAACAUGAUGCAGGGCAAUAAGAUCAGACGAGUUGCAGCUACUCGCAUGAAUGAGAGGUCAUCUCGAUCACACACGAUUUUCCGGAUUAUUCUGGAGUCGAAAGAUGCCAAUCAGAAAGAUGGACCUGUACAUAUAAGCUACCUUAACUUAAUGGACUUAGCUGGUUCUGAGAGAGUUUCUCUGACGAAAGCUGCUGGUGAGCGUCUUAAAGAGGGGGCUAACAUAAACAAAUCUUUGUCAGUAUUAGGAAAUGUGAUAAGGCAACUAAGCGAGGGGAAGGAGUUUAUCAGUUAUCGCGAUUCGAAAUUGACUAGACUGCUCUCACAGGCUCUUGGCGGAAAUGUGCUGCUUGAUGCAAGGGAAGCUGUCGUAGACAAUGUUGAUAAAGUUAUGGAGAACAUGAUGCAGGGCAAUAAGAUCAGACGAGUUGCAGCUACUCGCAUGAAUGAGAGGUCAUCUCGAUCACACACGAUUUUCCGGAUUAUUCUGGAGUCGAAAGAUGCCAAUCAGAAAGAUGGACCUGUACAUAUAAGCUACCUUAACUUAAUGGACUUAGCUGGUUCUGAGAGAGUUUCUCUGACGAAAGCUGCUGGUGAGCGUCUUAAAGAGGGGGCUAACAUAAACAAAUCUUUGUCAGUAUUAGGAAAUGUGAUAAGGCAACUAAGCGAGGGGAAGGAGUUUAUCAGUUAUCGCGAUUCGAAAUUGACUAGACUGCUCUCACAGGCUCUUGGCGAUGUAUAUGGAUCUGUAGUAAAACCUUUAGUCGAUUCCUUCAUGGAAGGUUUCAAUGCCACAAUAUUUGCAUAUGGCCAAACAUCUUCUGGCAAAACACACACCAUUUUGGGCAAUAAAACAGAUCCUGGGCUUUUCCAAUUAGUAUCCAAUCAGUUAUUCCAGCAUGUGGCAGACCAGGUUGAUAAGAGGUACUUGAUUAGAUGCAGUUAUAUUGAAAUCUACAAUGAAAAGAUCAAUGACCUCCUGGAUAAGAGCAAUCAGGGUUUAACUAUAAGAGAAGAUAUCAAAGGAAAUGUGCUGCUUGAUGCAAGGGAAGCUGUCGUAGACAAUGUUGAUAAAGUUAUGGAGAACAUGAUGCAGGGCAAUAAGAUCAGACGAGUUGCAGCUACUCGCAUGAAUGAGAGGUCAUCUCGAUCACACACGAUUUUCCGGAUUAUUCUGGAGUCGAAAGAUGCCAAUCAGAAAGAUGGACCUGUACAUAUAAGCUACCUUAACUUAAUGGACUUAGCUGGUUCUGAGAGAGUUUCUCUGACGAAAGCUGCUGGUGAGCGUCUUAAAGAGGGGGCUAACAUAAACAAAUCUUUGUCAGUAUUAGGAAAUGUGAUAAGGCAACUAAGCGAGGGGAAGGAGUUUAUCAGUUAUCGCGAUUCGAAAUUGACUAGACUGCUCUCACAGGCUCUUGGCGAUGUAUAUGGAUCUGUAGUAAAACCUUUAGUCGAUUCCUUCAUGGAAGGUUUCAAUGCCACAAUAUUUGCAUAUGGCCAAACAUCUUCUGGCAAAACACACACCAUUUUGGGCAAUAAAACAGAUCCUGGGCUUUUCCAAUUAGUAUCCAAUCAGUUAUUCCAGCAUGUGGCAGACCAGGUUGAUAAGAGGUACUUGAUUAGAUGCAGUUAUAUUGAAAUCUACAAUGAAAAGAUCAAUGACCUCCUGGAUAAGAGCAAUCAGGGUUUAACUAUAAGAGAAGAUAUCAAAGGAAAUGUGCUGCUUGAUGCAAGGGAAGCUGUCGUAGACAAUGUUGAUAAAGUUAUGGAGAACAUGAUGCAGGGCAAUAAGAUCAGACGAGUUGCAGCUACUCGCAUGAAUGAGAGGUCAUCUCGAUCACACACGAUUUUCCGGAUUAUUCUGGAGUCGAAAGAUGCCAAUCAGAAAGAUGGACCUGUACAUAUAAGCUACCUUAACUUAAUGGACUUAGCUGGUUCUGAGAGAGUUUCUCUGACGAAAGCUGCUGGUGAGCGUCUUAAAGAGGGGGCUAACAUAAACAAAUCUUUGUCAGUAUUAGGAAAUGUGAUAAGGCAACUAAGCGAGGGGAAGGAGUUUAUCAGUUAUCGCGAUUCGAAAUUGACUAGACUGCUCUCACAGGCUCUUGGCGGAAAUGUGCUGCUUGAUGCAAGGGAAGCUGUCGUAGACAAUGUUGAUAAAGUUAUGGAGAACAUGAUGCAGGGCAAUAAGAUCAGACGAGUUGCAGCUACUCGCAUGAAUGAGAGGUCAUCUCGAUCACACACGAUUUUCCGGAUUAUUCUGGAGUCGAAAGAUGCCAAUCAGAAAGAUGGACCUGUACAUAUAAGCUACCUUAACUUAAUGGACUUAGCUGGUUCUGAGAGAGUUUCUCUGACGAAAGCUGCUGGUGAGCGUCUUAAAGAGGGGGCUAACAUAAACAAAUCUUUGUCAGUAUUAGGAAAUGUGAUAAGGCAACUAAGCGAGGGGAAGGAGUUUAUCAGUUAUCGCGAUUCGAAAUUGACUAGACUGCUCUCACAGGCUCUUGGCGGUAAUGCCAAAUCAUUGAUUAUCGGGAAUGUUACUUUAGCUGCAGAGGAGGAGACUAGAUCUACACCAGAAUUCGCCCAAAGCACUAAAACUGUCAAAAAUAAAACGAAAGUAAACAUCUUGUCAGCUACAGAAGAGACACUUCAAGGAUAUCAGAACUUGACUCGCGAUCUCGAAACUCGGCUCAAAAAGCAGGCAAUUAAGCUAAAAGAGAUGGAUAAAAGCAAACAAGAGUAUCUGCUCGAGAUAGAAAGACUAAAAACGGAAGUAUCUAUUGUCGGGCGCUUUCAAAUGGGAGCCUCGGCAUCAACACCGAAAAAAACAUUAAGACGUCAUACUUUUGGACACUAUGGCAACGUAUCACCUAAAAAAGCAUCCCUAGGGUAUAUGCCAUUGAAAAAUUAUCCACCCAAAGAAGAAUCAUCCGGACGUGAAAUGAGGCCUAUUCAAGAAGAGACAUAUGAGGAGGCACUAGCCGAAGCAGAAUCUGUGAUAGCUGAAGACGUGCAAGUGUACUUAAAAGACAACGCAAAGAACUGGAAGAAUCUUUCAAUGAGCUUAGAGAAUUCACUAAACUAG